UUAGUGCUGGAUUUCAAGCCGUGAGCGUUUAGUUCGACUCGGUGAGCGUUGCCCACCGUUUCACCGUUCGCUGCUUUCUCAGUUCCCGGUUAUCGAAGUGUUGAGUCGCCAUCUUGCGUAUCGAUCGUGUUGGUGAUGCUUGUUUGUUUGCAGCCAACUUCAGUCGGGUGUAGAAAUUUCUCCACUUUUGUGUAGAGUGUGAAGGUCCUCCGUCGUUUGUGCUCUCGAUGUGUGCUGCCCCGUGAUAAGGAGAGAGAAGAAAAGAAAUAAAAAAAAAUAAAUAAAUAUACACAUAAUAACAACGUGUACCCGUAAUAACGACAAUAGAAACCUAAAGAAAAAAAAAAACAUCAAUUUCUUGUUUGAAAAUUAAUCCAUCAGUGUGUUGUAUACUUGUAAUAAUUAAGGAGCCACUUUCCGGUGGUUGCCUAAGAAUUAACUGCUACGAUGGUUGACUACUACCGGAUCCUCGAUGUCUCACGAAGUGCGACUGGAGCGGAUAUAAAAAAAGCAUACAGAAAAUUAGCGCUAAAAUGGCAUCCCGAUAAGAAUCCAGAAAAUUUAGACGAGGCAAACAAGAAGUUCAAGGAGAUCUCGGAAGCUUACGAAGUUUUAAUCGAUGAUGCAAAAAGAAGAACGUACGAUCAGCGAUUGUAUCAGAAGGCGUCGUCGAGGCCAGGCCGUGGAUUCACCUUCAGGACUUUCUUUGACUCUCCUUUCCAGCGAUAUUUUGAAAAGAAAAGACGCGUCUAUGAUCAGUUCGGAAAGGAAGGUCUUCACAUGCCUCCCGGCAGCAAAAGGCGUCACGAGGAUGAAUUCGACAGACAAUUUGGCGGUCCAUUUGUUUUCAGAGAUCCUGAAGAUGUGUUCAGAGAAUUCUUUGGCGGAACACCAUUCGAGGAUCUAUUUGCUGGUUUUCAUGGGGGCGGCACACGUCGCGGACUUAACAGACACAGUCAUCCGAGCAACAACAGCCUAAGCGCACCCUUCUUUGGACCACUAGGACUCAGUUUGGGGCCACAUUUACAGGAUGUACUCGGAGCCAGAGACGGGAGUUUCACAUCGUUUAGUACUUUUAACAGUAGCUUUGGCGGACCGAGCAGUGGAGCAGCUGUGAAGAGGACAAGCACAUCGACGAGGUUCAUUAACGGAAAAAAGAUAACAACGAAAAAAGUAUGCGAGAACGGGAGAGAAACGAUAAUGUCCUACGAGAACGACGUGUUGAAGUCAAAGACAGUGAAUGGCGUACCACAAUCUAUAACGUGUGAGGGGCCGUCUACGAGUCGUCGGAUUACCGAAGAAUCCAAAGGUGCAAGUUUCAAUCAUAAUAUAAAUCAAGAUUCGUCAAAGUAUUCGAAUGAUUUGAAAUCCAAGAAGAAAUCGCCGAUAACUUCAUGUUUGAAUAUGAGAGCACAGAAAAAUAAAAAAUAAGUAACCAACGUCUGCCAGUAUACCUAUUUUUAGUUCAUAGAGUUGUCUAUAAAUUUCGGUGUCUCUAUAAUUAUUAUAUAUUCAAAAGGUGAAUUGAAAACGUUAAUUGUUUACAUUUCGAUUUUCAUCUUAUUCUUGUUUGUUUACGAAGCGGGAAAUCAGGGAAAGUUGAAGUAUAGCAAAAGUAAAGUAGAAAAAUUAUUAAAGUUUUGUUUGAGAAAACGGUGGUGAAAACUAUUUGAACAAAAUUCUGAAUAAAGAAUAUCCGAAUCGAAAUGAGAUUGCACGAUGUCAUCCGAGCUUGACAUAUCCGUAGUAAUGAAAUUGCAGAAACCGAGACGUAUUCGUAGAAUAAAAUUGAAAAGCUAGCAUAAUUUGUAAAGAAAAAAAAAAAAAACAAACAAUAAAAAUAGAAACAAAAAACGUAACAAACAAGUGAGAAGAAAUUGUUUGAAAAAGAAACGAAAUAUCGAUAUUUAUCUGCAUACAGAUUGCUGUUACAAAUAAUUGUUUGUUAGACGUUGGCAAUGCUGCUAGAUAAAACAAAAAUUGAAUCUAUGAGGACAGCCUGUGCCGUUAAACGAAUUAUAGCCAAUGCUACGAAUAUAGUAAGAAUGAAACUAAUUUAUAACGAUUAAACAAAAAAAAAAAAAGCAAAUGUAUCGAAAGAACGUAUGUUGUAAUGAACUUCGCGACGCUCUAACCACACUACACAUAUACUAUAAGUUACACAUAAUAAAAUAACACCCAUUCUAAUUUUAAAUAGCCUACGUUAUAAUAUCUAGAUAAAUAUUCAAAUAAAUUAUUCUUAAUUAUUUUGUUAAGGAAGGUAAAUUUUAAUCGUGAAAAUCAUUCGUUCGGUGUGUGCGUCAGGUAUAAAUGAUGAUACAAAUCAAAGCGAGUAUCCCUUAUUCUUAGCUUAUAAUUAAAAAUCCAAGCCCAGUCUGCCCUUAAAAACUGUGUCGCCCACUGUACGUUUUUCUUAAGCAAUUAAUUGACUACGUAUGUGUAUAUAAUGAUAAGACAAAAAUGUUAAGCUUCUGAAAAAUACACUACCAUUAUUCAUUAUUAUUAUCCUUUCAUUAUCAAAUAAUGCGGGUUUUAAGAGAAUACGCUUGCAAAUUUUUUGUGCGCGAAUUCCCAAGAUGAAACUAAAUUUGAUUAAAAGUUCGCGGCCCGAUGUAAAAUCCUUCGCGUAUGAUUUAAGAGUUCAGGAAAUUUUAAUCUGCACCCUAAACUUCCGGGAUUCUGUGAUUAUAACAAUAAUGAUUGUUGGUACAACGGUAAAUAAUUCCUACCGUUAAAACGAAUCUAUAUUAGAACUAUUGGCAAUUUCAAAUGUCGUAAUUAUUUAAUAUCGACCGUGUCAUAAUCCGUAUUUCGGUUAAAAAAGGUGAUAAUGAUUCGUAAUAUCAACAGUGAGACGUGUAAAUCAUCUUUUAUUAAAUCAUUUCUAUAACACCAUAAUAAGUAUAAUUGGUAAUAUAUUUGUAUUUCGAUUUGUCGCACAACGUUGACGUAACGUUUAAUUUAUACUAUCAUGUGAUAUAAUUUUACCCUUUCCACUUGGUAUCGGCAUAUUACCAAUUCAUACCAUAUAUUGCACAAUUUUAAAUACCAAUCCUUUUUAGACGGAUUAUGUAAAUGAUCCGCGAAACAAACAGCGAGAGUUAUGAAUUGAUAACAAGUCUAGCAGGGGUUCAAUAAUUUAUGCGGACAUAUUAUUUGUGCGUUGUGUGUAAUAUUUGUUUGUGUUUUACAAGUGUCGUUUUUUAU